AUUGUUUUAAUGUUUGGGAUUCAGGAAAAUAUACCACGAGGUGGGACGACCAUGAAAGAAGAACCGCUGGGCAGUGGAAUGAACCCAGUCCGUUCAUGGAUGCAUACUGCUGGGGUAGUGGAUGCUAACACAGCCGCCCAAAGCGGUGUGGGGUUGGCUCGGGCUCAUUUCGAGAAACAGCCGCCUUCCAAUCUCAGAAAAUCCAAUUUUUUCCACUUCGUCUUAGCACUGUACGACAGGCAGGGACAGCCAGUGGAGAUUGAAAGGACAGCUUUUGUGGACUUUGUGGAAAAAGAGAAAGAGCCAAACAAUGAAAAAACUAACAAUGGGAUUCACUAUAAACUCCAGCUAUUAUACAGUAAUGGAGUUAGAACGGAACAAGAUCUGUACGUUCGCCUAAUAGAUUCAAUGACCAAACAGGCAAUUGUCUACGAAGGGCAAGACAAAAACCCCGAAAUGUGCCGAGUGCUCCUGACCCACGAAAUCAUGUGCAGUCGGUGCUGUGACAAGAAAAGUUGCGGCAACAGAAACGAAACACCUUCAGACCCUGUUAUCAUUGACAGAUUUUUUCUAAAGUUUUUCCUCAAGUGCAAUCAAAACUGUUUGAAGAAUGCAGGCAACCCACGAGAUAUGCGAAGAUUCCAGGUUGUUGUAUCAACAACGGUCAAUGUGGAUGGCCACGUUUUGGCUGUCUCGGACAACAUGUUUGUACAUAACAACUCCAAACAUGGAAGGCGGGCUCGCCGUCUUGACCCCUCAGAAGGUACGGCCCCUUCUUAUCUGGAAAAUGCAGCCACCCCAUGUAUAAAGGCCAUCAGCCCCAGUGAAGGUUGGACUACUGGUGGAGCCACGGUCAUCAUAAUCGGAGACAACUUCUUUGAUGGCUUGCAAGUUGUAUUUGGAACAAUGUUGGUCUGGAGUGAGCUGAUAACACCCCACGCCAUCAGAGUUCAGACCCCGCCACGGCACAUUCCCGGUGUUGUUGAAGUAACUCUCUCCUACAAAUCCAAACAAUUUUGUAAAGGUGCUCCUGGACGCUUCGUUUAUACUGCCCUUAAUGAACCAACCAUAGAUUAUGGAUUCCAGAGGUUGCAGAAAGUCAUUCCACGGCAUCCAGGUGAUCCUGAACGGUUACCGAAGGAAGUAUUACUUAAAAGAGCAGCUGACCUUGUUGAAGCCCUGUAUGGUAUGCCCCACAAUAAUCAGGAAAUCAUCCUGAAACGAGCAGCUGACAUUGCAGAAGCGUUAUACAGUGUGCCACGCAAUCACAAUCAGAUUCCUACACUUGCCAACACUCCAGCUCAUACUGGUAUGAUGGGAGUAAACUCAUUUAGCAGCCAGCUAGCAGUUAAUGUUUCAGAAACAUCACAAGCUAAUGACCAAGUAGGCUACAGUCGCAACACAAGCAGUGUUUCCCCGCGAGGAUAUGUUCCAAGCAGUACUCCUCAGCAGUCCAAUUACAACACAGUCAGCAAUAGCAUGAAUGGAUAUGGCAAUGCCGGCAUGCCCAAUCUUGGUGUACCUGGUUCUCCUGGAUUUCUUAAUGGCUCCUCAGCCAACUCACCAUAUGGCAUAGUGCCGUCAAGCCCUACCAUGGCAGCCUCUUCGGUCACCCUCCCUUCAAACUGUAGCAGUACACACGGCAUUUUCUCAUUCUCACCUGCCAAUGUCAUCUCUGCAGUGAAACAAAAGAGCGCCUUUGCUCCUGUUGUCAGGCCCCAAGCUUCUCCUCCACCAUCUUGCACCAGUGCAAAUGGAAAUGGACUUCAAGCUAUGUCUGGGCUUGUAGUCCCACCAAUGUAAAUUCAUUUUUGUUUACGUAUCAUAGCACCAAGCUUCAGAAGAUUGAGCUUUUUAGGGGACAGGUUUAGUAUAUAAGACGUGCUGAUGGAACCAGUAUCUUCAAAAUACAAUCAGCAACACGUUGAAAUGCUACAAAAAAAAAAAACUUUGUUUAAAGAUUUUAUUUAAACUAUUAAGAAUCAACAUGCAAACAAUCAAUUUCUUCAUGAACAAUUCCAUUUUAUUGACUGAACUGCUCUCAUAUUUUCACAUUUCUUGGUCCUGAAGAAUACGGAAAAAGCGACGCCUAUUUUGUAUAAAGUUUCUGAUUACGUCUUGGCUAUGUCUAGUACUUGCUAUGUGUCGGGAAAAACUUUGUGGAUGCACCAUUUUGAUUAUCAUGAAACACUGACGAAAACGCCUCCAAAACGUUUUUUUUCUGUACUCAUAACUAGAUUCACAAUGGUUGUGUAUCUCUAUAAUGUGAAAUAUUUUUUGUGGUGAAAAAAGGGGGCCAAGGAGGUAUGAGCCAUCAAAACUGGAAAAAAAAAGGAUGAAUAUAUGAUUUGGGUUAAUU